UCGGGUGAAGACGGUAAGCUGACGGUAAGUCGUCUUCACCCGAUCAGUACACCAUGUUCACUGACCGGCCGUUGUAUUCGGGUGAAGACGAGGAGAAGGCAAAGUAUGCGGCCAGAGAUCCGAUUGCUGCACUGAAGAGGUAUAUGCUGGAGAACCAACUCUGUUCAGAGGAUGAGUUGAAGGCGAUUGACAAGCAGGUGGAAGAAGUGGUGGAUGAAGCAGUUGAGUAUGCGGAGGCAAGUCCAGUCCCAGAGCGGAGCCAGUUGCUUCGGUAUGUUUUCCCAGAUCCUAAGGGAUUUGGAAUCGGUCCCGAUGGGAAGUACCGCUGCGAACAUCCGGACUUCACGUCAGGCACAGCCAAUGUGUAGAACCUGUCCAUGAGCAAGCUCGUCUGUUUUCCUGAUAUGAUAGCCCAUGCCUCGAUGACAUUGUGUGCAGCUUCUCUCUGCUACGAUGUCUGCAGCUUGUGCCCAGCCAUGGCUGGUCACACACACACACACACACACACACACAGACACAGAGAGAGAGAGAGAGAGAGAGAGAGAGAGAGAGAGAGAGAGAGAGAGAGAGAGAGAGAGAGAGAGAGCAGGGAGUGCUGGCAUAAUGGCAUACCGAGUUUAUGUUCGUGGCUAGUCGGCUAGGUCGCAUUUACGUGCCGUUGUGACUGUGGCUGCUUUCCCACUCUUCGUGGAUGCUGCCAGGUGUUGAGCUUGUGCUCAAUCUUGAGCACAUCACUGUAGCUUGUGGUUAGUUAUAUGGGUCAGAAAGAGGUGGUGUAGUUGUCGCUAAGCUUGAGUCUCUGUAAGUCCGGAGGCUCUCAAAGGCAUCUCAUCCUUACUUACAUAGGCAACAAAGGGUGGCCUUGCGCUCUCAGCAGUUGCUGAGCGUAUGCGUAUCUCUUUAGUCAGUUCUGUGCCAUGGUCUACUCUCUUAGGCUAGUGGGAUUACUCCCUUCUUUGGUCUCAAAGCUUGGAGUAAUUUUGUAUUUUUGCUACCAUUCCCCAAGAAAUACCACAAAUGGGACAUACCGGUUCCAGAACAAGUGAAUACAAGCUCCUGUUGCCGGGGUCCAAGUUCUAUCUGGGGCUCAUCUGGUGUAGCAUGUGGCAUUGUCGUCACCUGUGCUGCUUUGUCUCCAUUGCAUCGUCGUCAGCUGUGCUGCUUUGUCUCCAUCCACUGAUAUGACGUCCAGCAUACCAAGGAUGGGUUUAAUAGGUUAGGUGCCCUCACUUCAGGACGGGCUUAAACCACCAAUACCUUUUCUGUACAUCGGCCGCACGGGGGGUCCCCGCUCGUUCCAGAGGCCAAAACGAGAUGGCGGCUGCUGAUGAAAUUUAUCAACGGUGGCCGCCAUUGGGCCCAGCCCCCGAAGAAUGCGGGGUAGGCUAUAUUCCGACGUUUCCCAACACUGUGAAAGGUAGUGGCGGCUUAAUAGAUUAGGUGCCCUCUUAUGAGGGCAAUGCAGCGCUAGAGUAGAGGUGGUCGUCUGGGGAUUCAUGACUGUGUUAAGAGCUUGGCUAGUGGCAGUAGUGUGGUGGGUUGGCUGAAGAGUGAUCUUGUUAGAGGUGGGAGGAGGAGAUGAUGAACACUAUGAUUAGCUUGUGGAUGUCUGUCUGCAGAAUAGUAGCUGCCCUGGGAGGGUGUGGUAUGGUGAAGAGGGGGUUGCUUGCCUGGGAGUAGCACGGUUUACCUUGGAAUAGGGUUAUGGGGUGGGCCUGAUGAACUUUUGGUGUUUUGAUCGAUACAGGGGAUUGAAGAGAGAAAGGUGGGGGUGCAUUGAUGAGUGAUGAAAGCGUGGAAGAAGAGGGGGGGUGUAGGUAAACAUAACAAGUGUUUCUUCAGGGGUCUCCCUGUCUAUCACAAUGUUGGUCAUGUGUGACUGAUCUGCUUGUGAAAUGAAGUGUGAUUGUCCCUCCCCUGUUUUACAGAAGCGGGGCCAGUUUUGCGGCUGGCAUGUGUCCCGUCGCUACGAGGUGUCGAGAAGAGCACAUCUCAUUGCCAUUGCACUCGGUAGGUGAGAAAGGGGUGCUUGCUGGUGAUUAUUGCCUUUCGUUAGCCCUGAAGGGGUGAGCCUUGGUUUCAAGGCAGAGAGAGAGAGAGAGAGAGAGAGAGAGAGAGAGAGAGAGAGAGAGAGAGAGAGAGAGGCAUUGAUUAGGUCGAUUUGGUCUACUGGGAAAGAUAUUGGGCUGAGAAGGAUUUGGUUGCAAUGGAAGUUUCAGUUGACUGACAAACUCCAUUAUACUUGUUUCAUUUUCCUGAAUUAAUCUACUUCAGAUUUCCUACGAGUAUUUACACACUGGAUGAUCAAGUUGCGCUAUGACGGACUAGGUUCCUGCUUACUAAA